ACCAUUAUUCAAAUAAUGUGCACUGUCUUCGGUGCUCUCUAAAUAGAAAAAAAUGGAGCAGAAAGUUAGGAAAAAUAUUGCCCUAAAACUCAAGGACACGGGCGUUAUCAUCAAAUCUGAGCCUCCUAGAAGUUCAAAAAAACCUCAGGAUUCUGUUUCCGAUGAAGUGGAGAAGCCGAGGGCGUCUGAGAGUAUGCAGUGGGAUCAUCCGGUGCGUCUGAUUGGACGACCAGUUAAGGACCCUCUACUCCACAUAUGUGAGAUAUGCUCCUUACCCGUUCUCAUCUACGGCCGAAUGAAAAAGUGUCGUCAUGCGUUCUGUCAUGGCUGUGCUAAGAAGGCUAGUGGAGUGUGCCCUAAGUGUAAGGAGGGGGACCAAACCUUCGAGGAGGCCUCCAUGGGAACAGUACACAUCUGCACCCACUCAGGCGGAAGGUAUGACAAUAAGGGAUGUGGGCGGAGCUAUCUCUCUCAACGAGACCUUGAUGCACACACUCUCUAUCGGCACAAGGACAAGUCCGCUAUGCAGCAGCCUGUAACCCAUGGCAACCCGAUGCAAUUUGCUCUCCCACCAUUUUUCCAAACUGGUAAUGCUGGUGGUGUACCUGGACUACCCCCUGGGAUAAGACUACCUUCAGGGAUGAUCAUUCCCGGGCUCCCUCCACAAGGAAUGCCUGGUAUGCCUAUGGUGCCAGGACCUCAAUUCUUUCCAAAACCAAAUCUUGCCGGCAGUGUAGCCCCGCCCCCUCCCCCACCCCCUGCACCCUGGGCACCACCACCAAACUAUAAACAAUCAUGAAUACUAUAAUAUAAUUUAGGUUGAUUUGUUGAUUUUGUAUUUCAUUGUUAUAUAACAGAGAAAGUGGG